ACGUAACGUAACAGCCAAAAUACAAACUUGUGAUAAUCUUGUGCCGAUUCGUUUGUCUGCCCCCACAAUUAUCUCUAUCUCUCUAUCGAAGAAAAGCGUGCGUACGCGAUGACCAGCGUCUUUUUUCAAUAACUUUGAUUGAAAUCAGACGAAAAUGUCAAAUGGUUUGAAAUAUAAGAGUGAAAAUCAGUUACAGUUUAAAAUCAGAUCCUUGAAAUUAAUGUCCACUAAUUGAAGGAGUGAAAACAGCUAAAAAGGAUACAGUCUGGCUUUACGGUGUUCACAGGAAUUCUUAAAAAAAUACCCACAAAUCAAGAAACAAAUUCGAAGUAAAGAUGACGAAUGAAAAACCUGCUAUAGUUUCCAAGACUGGCAUUUCGAAUGGAACACUUAAACCGAAGAAGCCCAAAAGACGAGACAAAAGCGAUUUGGGACCAAAUUUCAUAGCUCCUGACGGUGGAUGGGGUUGGGUAGUGUGUAUUGCGGCUGGUUUAAGUAACUUUUCCGUACUUCCAGCCCUGCAACAGUACGGACUAAUUUACAGACAACGGAUGACGUCAUUCGGUUUCGAAGCCAAGGAGACCACGGCAAUUUUCAAUGUGGCAAUGGCACUGUCAUCCCUGGUGGGUCUGGUCAAUGGAGCCAUGUUUAGGAGAUUUACAUUCAGGCAGGUCGGCAUGGUGGGCAGUAUUCUCACAUUCAGCGGAAUUCUGUUUUCAGCUUUCUGUACGACAUUUGUUGAGUUUCUGAUAUUCUUUUCGUGUAUUUAUGGUCUGGGAAUGGGAUUGUCGAUGGGUGCAAGUUCACUGGCUGUAAACACGUAUUUCAAGAAAAAGCGCAGACGGGCCACUGGAUUCUCCUGGACCAUAACAGGCUUAGGUCCCAUCAUAUUUCCUCAAAUUUCACGACUUGCUUUGGGCUACUACGGUGGCCAGGGUUGUAUUUUCAUAUUUUCCGCAAUUGCCUUGAAUGCAUUUUUGAGUGCAUUGACAUUUCAGCCGGUUCUUUGGCACUCUCCUAAAUCUGAGAACGUGAAGGCAUUGAAUGAAGACAAAGUGCCAACCACCAAAUCUGAGGACAGUUGUGACGCCCCCCGAUGUAAACAUUGUCAGCAUCUCGAACAAAUUACUGAAAAGAGAAGUAUUUUCUCAUCACAAUAUCUAUUCAAUGAAGAUGAUCCCGAGACUCCAGGAUAUGAAAUUAUUGAACCCGCCACCCCCAUGAUGACCCGUGCCAACGAUGGUUGGUAUGGCUCAAAGCUAUCGCUGGCAGAACAAAGAUCCGUGAAAGACCUCAGAAAAGGUUCAAUCUAUGAGGGUGGGCGUAGGCCAAGUAAUCUGGCCAAACCCAAUUACUUUAAUCGUGAAAAGGAAGAUUUAAAUCGCUACGUAAGCAAUACGGCUAUCAAUGAUCCCCGCUGCACAUGCGCCGAGGAAAAGACUUUGCUGCAAAGCAAACGGAAAGAGGAGGAACUAGCCCAAUUGCAAUUGCAAGAAGAGGCCAACAACCGCAUGUCGCUCUGGCAAAAAGUAGUCGUGUUUUUCGAUUUUGAUUUGCUGAAAGAUUUGACCUUCCUCAACUUGGCCGUGGGCAUGACCAUAAUGAUGUUUGGCGAAAUAAAUUUCUCCAUAUUGACUCCGUUCAUUUUAAACAGUUUCGGUUAUAGCGAUACUCAGAUAUCCCUGGCGAUGUCCUUGUUGGCCGGUGUAGAUAUUUCUGUGCGUUUCCUGGCACCCUUUGCUUUGGAGAAAGUGAAACUGCCGAACCGAGUGUUAUUCGCAUUUGGCAUCAUAGCUAUAUCCAUAGGCCGACUGAUUGUAACUCUGACAGAUUCUUACAGCGUUGUCUUGGCGGUUUUUGUGUUGAUUGGAUUUGGCAAGGGAUUCCGUACAAUAUUCUCUCCCCUUAUCAUACCCAGCUAUGUUCCGCUGAAACGUUUGCCUGCCGCCUCGGGAUUGCAGUUGAUUUUCAGUUCAUUGGCGUAUUUUGUAUUGGGUCAAAUGUUGGGUAUUAUAACGGAUCGCUUUGGAUAUUCUGCAACCAUUCAUAGCAUCAACUGUUUAACAUUGCUUUCAUUAUUGUUGUGGUUUUUGGAGUCUGUAGUCCGUAGGUGCCUGGGCAAGAGUAUACCGGAGGAUAGUAACUAAAAUGAGACUAUGAAUGUUAUAAAGAAAUAGUAUGGAAAAGGAACUGUUUUAUUUAGGCUCAGAAUAUUAUUAAACG